GAAACUCCAUGACACUGCACACACGCCAUGGCCUUCCCAUGCAGCGGCCGCAUCCUCGCUUGAGGCCCCCGUCCGUUCGCGCCAUCCCCAAUCCUAAUCUGGAGACUCGACCUGGGGAGAGCUGGGGAACAUAGAGUUACCCGGCGCUAGUCUGGACCUCCCUGGACGUUCAGGUCUUCGCUUGGCCUGCGCUUGUGCUUGCGCGACAUAUUGAACGCGAGAGUUGCACAUGUGUAUAAGUACGCGUUGGAGGCCCGGGGUAGCUUCGACAUCGAGCAAGACCUCCGCUUCACUGCGACAAGCUCUUUCUACUGUCAAGACAAGUUUCUCGCUAGAGAGGCCCCUCGUCUGAGAGCCUCGGUUCGUAUUUGCACGCAAAUCUUCGUACCCGGAGACCGUCUCCAAUCUCUCCCGCGAAAAUGUCGCGAAACAACAGCAUCACCGUCGACGGCGAACAACAGCGCCGCAUGUCCCUCAACAACGCCGACAUCGCGCAGCUCACCCAAGAUGCCACCCGCGCCACCAAAGCCGAGCAGAAAAUGACCCUCAUGGAGGGCAUCCGGCUGUACCCCAAAGCCAUCGCCUGGUCCGUCCUCCUCUCCGGCGCCAUCAUCAUGGAAGGCUACGACAUCAACCUGAUUGCCAACCUGCAAGCCGUGCCGGCCUUCAAGCGCAAGUUCGGCGUCCAGCUCGCAGACGGCUCCUACGAGGUGACUGCGGCGUGGCAGGCUGGGCUCACCAACGGCGCGUACGUCGGCGAGAUCCUGGGGCUGAUGGUCAACGGUAUCAUUGCGGAGCGGUACGGGUUCAAGAAGACCAUGAUUGGAGCGCUGUCGGCUGUCACCGCGCUCAUCUUCAUCCUGUUCUUCGCGCAGAACAUCGAGAUGCUGCUCGUGGGCCUGAUCCUCAUCGGUAUCCCCUGGGGCGUCUUCCAGACCCUGACCACCACCUACGCCGCCGAAGUCACGCCCGUCCCGCUUCGUCCAAUCCUGACCACCUACGUCAACCUCUGCUGGGUCUUCGGGCAGUUCAUUGCCUCCGGCGUGCUGAAGGGCAUCUCUGAGCGUCCUGACCAGUGGGCCUACCGCAUUCCGUAUGCAAUCCAGUGGAUCUACCCCAUCCCCCUGAUCAUCGGCAUCGCCUUCGCGCCCGAAUCCCCGUGGUGGCUCGUCCGCAAGGAGCGCUACGAAGACGCCAAAAAGAUGGUCCUGCGCCUUGCCUCCCCCGAGAAGAACCCCGACUUCAACGCCGACGAGACGAUCGCCAUGUACAAGCACACCAACGAGCUCGAGAAGGCCGUGUCGGAUGGGACGUCCUACUGGGACUGCUUCAAGGGGACCGACCUCCGACGUACGGAAAUCGCAGCCAUGACGUGGUUCACGCAGGCAUGGUGCGGAUCCUCCUUCAUGGGCUUCUCCACAUACUUUUUUGAAAACGCCGGCCUCGACACCUCCAACGCGUUCAGCAUGUCCCUUGGCAUCUACGCCAUCGGCGCAAUCGGCGUCUUCGUCUCCUGGUGGCUGAUGCCCCGCGUGGGCCGCCGCACACUCUACGUCUGGGGUCUCGUCGUCAUGCUCGCCAUCCUGCUCAUCAUCGGCUUCCUGGGCAUCGCUCCCUCGGGCAACUCCAGCGUCCAGUGGGCCAUUGGCGCCAUGCUAAUAAUCUUCACCUUCGUCUACGACGCCUCCGUCGGCCCCGUCUGCUACUGCCUCGUCGCCGAGAUCCCGUCUUCGCGCCUCCGCCAGAAGACCGUCGUCCUCGCCCGCAACUGGUACAACAUCGGCUCCAUCAUCGGCAACAUCAUGACGCCCCGCAUGCUGAACCCCUCCGCGUGGAACUGGGGCGCCAAGUCCGCGUUUUUCUGGGCGGGCACCUGCUUCCUGUGUCUGGUGUGGACGUAUUUCCGCCUGCCUGAGCCCAAGGGCCGUACCUAUGGUGAGCUCGACAUCCUCUUCGAGCAGCGCGUGCCGGCGCGCAAGUUCAAGGAGACGGUGGUGCAGGAGUUCGAGGAGGACGAGACGUCGGUGGCCGAGAAGAAGCUCGAGGGCGAGAAGACGACGCACUUCGAGGAGGUCAAUUCGAAGCAGAGCAUGUGAAGCGCAUGGGAGUGAGUGACAGAUCGAUCGUGCUUUUUUCGUUCGUUCGCAUCUCCUCAGGUUCUGCAAUAGACUUUGUGUACAUACAAUAUGAUUUUUUUGUUCCCACCUUCAA